AUUAAAAUCCACAAAAUAUCUGUAUCCUUUCUCUCUACUGUCCCGUCCAUGUUUGCCUUUCCGACGUUUCCGUUUGAAGUUGCUCCCCUGUCAACUAUUCUUUCUGCUGAAGCCUCCUCUAUCAAGUCCUCUCUCUAUCUUCUUAUUCUUCAAGAAACCGCCCCCUUCUCUCUCCACUGAAACAGCCUAAAAGCAUAAAUUACCAAAUUCUGGAGCUCUGCAGAUUUAAUGUCUCUUUAAUUAAACCAACUUUUCUGUGAGAUUGUACUUACUAAUUAGCUGUUGUGAUGUUGAAGGCUUGGAAAUUGUAUCAGAAUUGUUUAACUGUUCAUCCAGUUAAGACCCAAAUUAUCAGUUCUGGUAUUCUAUGGGGAAUUGGAGAUAUUGCUGCUCAGAGAAUCACUCAUUCUAGAAGGAUUAAAGUAGAAGUAGAACCACAUCAAAAAACCCAUGAUGGUGAUAAUGAGGAUGAACAAUUCAAGGUCAAUUGGAAAAGAGCAGCUAUUACCAGUGGGUUUGGUUUUGGAUUUGUUGGUCCAAUUGGACAUUACUGGUAUGAAGGUCUAGAUCGACUGAUAAGAUCACGACUUAGAUUCCCACCAAAUUCAUUACGAUUUGUUGCCAGUAAAAUAGCUCUUGAUGGGGGUGUUUUCGGGCCAAUAUACGGAAUCUCAUUCUUCAGUUACAUUGGGUUUGCUUCUGGCAAGAAUUUACCUGAAGUGAAAGAAGGAAUUAAGAGGGAUUUGAUACCGUCAAUGGCAGUAGGAGCAGCAUUUGGACCAAUAAUCCAAUUCAUAAAUUUCCGAUACGUGCCGCUUAUGUAUCAACUCCUCUAUGUUAACAUGUUCUGUUUGUUAGAUAGUGCUUUCAUGUCUUGGCUUGAACAACAAGAAGAUGCUCCUUGGAAAAAACGGUUCACAUCUUUUCUUACUUUUGAAGACCAACAACUAGAGAAGAAGCCAAUCAAGGAAUGCUGAUGUGUGAUGUUCGGCACGGUCAAAACUUGGAAAGAAACUUGAUAAUAGGUUCUUGACUUUUGGUUCAUAAAUUUUGAUUGUUAUCGACUGAAACUUCAUUUGGGUACUAUUGCAACUGAAUCAAAAUUCAAUAGCAGUUGAAUGAAAUUUGAUUUGUGUAUUUGUUUUUGAA